GGGACUCUUAAGUUUAGAGAGAGAAGAAGCAAUGAGUCAGUGCUUUUAGCUGCAGGUAAGUUUCUCUCCUGAUUUGUACACGCGCUUUGGCGCAGUCGUCGCUGGCCUAUGGCCUUCCUAAGCAAACCCAACUUAUGACUUAACCAACCCAAGGUACGUCGAAUUUAUACAAUCUCAAGAGUCUCCCACCCACCUUUUUAUUUCUCUUUAAACGACGCCUUUACUUUUCAACCUCCAUAUUUCAUACCCCAAAUAAAAAGACAACAAAGCCCUCUCCUCUCUCUCUCUCUCUCUCUCUCUCUCUCUCUAAACUCUCAGUUGUUGUUUCUCUCCGGCUGAGUUCUCCUCCAUGGCCGACCUGUGGGGACAGAGCUUUCACCGCGUCGGAACCUACCCAUCAAUCAGCAGAAGCACCUCAUUGGCUAGCAGUACUAGCAAUGGAUCCUACUACAACAGCUUCAUGGAGCAGGGAAGCAGCAACUACACGUUGAUGGAGAAGAGGCAGCUUUUUCUCAGAAGCUACCAGUUCAGCAGGAAGAAGAGCCUGACGGAGAGGAUAAAAGGGUCUUUUUACAAAGUCAAGAGGGUCAUAUGGCUGCGGCUGAGGUCGGCGAGGAAGCUCCGGAAGUUGGUUUGUUUCAGGCUCAGAUAUGGCGUUUCCUACCGGAGAAGAAGACUCUUCCGUCUGCUGAAUAAUUACCAUCAUGCCCGCAAAUGCGAUAACUCCUACUGCUUCUGGUAGGGAGUACCAGUACUCACUCAUGUCAAUUUCUAACUCUUCUUUUAUCUCCCUUUGUUUUUGGGGAGCGGUUUUCUCGCACUCUUUUUUUUAACCAUUUGCGCUCCAAAUUGAAUAUUUUACAUAUCUUUUCUACACCAACGGGUGCAGAAUGAGCGCAGGAGGUUAAAACAAGAAUGUUAAAAUUACGAUGGUUAUUUUUUUUUUUUUUGUAUUUAUGCAAUUUCUAAGAAAAAAGUGGUGCUUGAACUUGAAAAGUAUUAGAAUUAUGCCAGUAGAUUCACACCACAAUUUGAUGUUGUUUCCAGGAGUUAAAGAACCAGUUAUAUACAUGAUGAAGCCUCUUUCUAAU